ACAGCUGGGUGAUGUGACACUCUUCCACACGCACGGUCUCACUCCUCCGCGGCCUCUCUCCGGGCUCCUUCCCGUGUUUCUGCUGCUUCUAUCGGCGUAAAGAACAGGCUCCCCCGCCGCCGCUCAGAACCGGACAGAACUCGCUCCAGAAGGUUCGGAACCAGCCCGGUGUGGAGCAGCAUGGCCGCGGCACGGACCGCGCUCGGUCCGCUCGUCCUGCUCUGCUUGUGGUUCCGUCGCGGCGGCUCCUUCAACCUGGAGGCGGACAACCCGGCCGUGUUCUCCGGGCCGGAGGGCAGCUACUUCGGCUUCUCCGUGGACUUCUUCAGCCCCCCGAACAAGAAGCAGUCAGAUGUUCUGGUGGGCGCUCCCCGGGCGAACACCUCCUCCCCUAGCAGCGUGGAGGAGCGAGGAGCGGUGUACAGCUGUCCCUGGAAGAGCUCCGCCUCCUGCCAGCAGCUGCAGUUCGACAGCACAGACGACAGGAGGAAUGCAGACGGAGCUCAGAUGGAGUUUAAGUCCAAGCAGUGGUUCGGUGCCACAGUACGAUCUGACGGAGAGCACAUCCUGGCCUGCGCUCCUCUGUAUCAGUGGUCCACCUUCGGCGUCUCGGAGCGAGAGCCGGUGGGAACGUGUUACCUGAAGAAGGGGAGCACGGUGGUGGAGUACUCGCCCUGCAGAUCAAGUGCCAACUCACCUGAGGGGCAGGGCUUCUGUCAGGCCGGCUUCAGUGUCGACUUCCUGAAGAAGAACAACCGAGUGGUGGUGGGAGGACCAGGCAGCUUCUACUGGCAGGGUCAGCUGAUUUCUGACGACGUCGCUGAGAUCUUCUCCCAGUUCAACAGGAAGUACAUGACUCCGUACGCCAGCACGCUCGCUACCAAGUCAGCCAGCGCUCAGUACGACGACAGCUACCUGGGAUAUUCGGUGACGGUCGGAGAUUUCAACGAUGACGGGAAUGAAGAUUACGUGACCGGAGUCCUCGAGGAGAAAAAGGCGCUGGGUUAUGUGAACAUCUUCGACGGCCAGAGCAUGGAGUCCAUGAUGAACUUCACAGGAACUCAGAUGGCGGCCUACUUCGGACACUCAGUGGCUGCUACGGAUGUUAAUAAUGACGGGCUGGUGGAUCUGUUGGUGGGAGCUCCUCUCUUCAUGGACAGAGGGUCCAAUGGGAAGCUGAGGGAGGUGGGGCAGGUGUCGGUGUACCUGGGUCGAGGUGGAUUCUCCUUCCAUCCCCCUCAGAUGCUCACAGGGUCGGAGGUUUACGCCAGAUACGGCUCUGCCAUCACAGCGCUGGGAGACCUGGACAUGGACGGAUACAACGAUGUGGCCAUCUCUGCUCCUUAUGGAGGUCCCGAUCGUUACGGCCUGGUCUACAUCCACAAUGGUCGUCCUCAGGGUCCUAACUCCUCCCCCUCUCAGGUCCUCCAGGGAAAGUGGGCGUCCAGCUACAUGCCUGCUAGCUUCGGAUACUCCAUGACUGGAAAUACUGACAUAGACCAGAAUGGCUAUCCAGAUUUAAUAGUGGGCGUGUUCGGAGCAGACAAAGCUGUUUUAUACAGAGCUCGUCCAGUGAUCAGUGUGAAUGCCACGUUGGACAUCACGCCUCAGAUCAUCAACUUGGAGGAGAAGACCUGCGAACUUCCUAACACCUCCACUCUGGUGUCCUGCUUUACGGUGAAGUACUGUCUGAAGGCCAGCGGCCGUGGAGCUCCAGCUACUCUCAAUUUCCGCGUGGACCUCCUGUUGGACCGCUCGAAGCCGAAGGACACUAAACGCGUCCUCUUCCUGCACAGUCAGACGGUCCAGUUCUCCAAGAACAUGACGGUGCUCAACGGGAAGGUUCCGGCCUGCGAGGAGCAGAGCGUCUUCCUUAGGGACGACCGAGAGUUUCGUGAUAAGAUCACUCCCAUCUCCGUGGUGAUGGAGUACAGUCUGGACUACCAGCAGGCCGCAGACCAAACCGGGCUGCUUCCUAUCCUCGACAUGUCGGCUCCUUCCAACGUCACCAAGCAGGCCCACAUCCUGUUGGACUGUGGCGACGACAACAUCUGUAAGCCUGACCUGCGGUUGACUGUGACGAGCGACCGCAAGCAGAUCUUCAUCGGAGACGACAACGCUCUGACUCUGGAGAUCAGCGCGGAGAACCAGGGAGAGGGCGCCUACGAGGCCGAGCUCCACGUGUUCCUCCCUCAGCAGGCCGACUUCACCGGAGUGGGCCGCAGCCAGACCCUCAGCAGGUUGUCCUGUGCUUACAAGAAGGAGAACCAGACCAAGAUGGUGGUGUGUGACCUGGGAAACCCCAUGAAGGGAGGAACCAAGGUGCUGGCGGAGUUGCGCUUCAGCGUGCACCAGCUGUCGGAGGAGGACACCUCGGUGAAGUUUGACGUGCAGAUGGUCAGCUCAAAUCAGUUCGACAACACGAGUCGUCUCGUCUCCAGCAUCACCAAGCUGGCGGUCCGCGCUGAGAUCUCCUUGAGAGGGACGUCGUCUCCAGGUCAGGUGCUGCUCCCCAUCGCCAACUGGAAACCUAAGGAGCCUCCUGUGGUUGGAGACGACAUCGGACCACAGAUAGUACACGUCUACGAGCUGCUGAACAGGGGUCCCAGUACGAUAAGCAAGGCGGCGCUGGAGGUGGAAUGGCCGUACCAGUACAAGAACGGGUCGCUGCUCUACAUCACCAGAUUCGACACGGACGGGCCGAUCAACUGCACCACGGACGUCGAGAUCAACCCGCUCAACGUGUCCACGAACCCGCUGUCCUCGGGGAAGAACACCAGCGGGGUUCCACCCAGAGAACGAGAGAUGGAGGGACGGAACCGAAACCACGUCCGCAAGAGAGACCUGGAGUCCAGAGACACACAGAACGACCUGCAGACACUGGACUGCAGCACAGCUGAGUGUCUCCGGAUCAGAUGUCAGGUGGGUCGUCUGGAGAGGAGGAAGAACGCCAUCCUCUUCAUCUACUCGCGACUGGCCGUCAACAACUUCCUGAGGACGGAGAACCAGAAUCGCUCCUACGUGGUGCGCUCCACGGUGUCCUUCAGUGUCAUCGAGAUGCCGUACAAGAACCUGGUGUCGGAGCUCCCGUCCAACAGCACGACCGUGAGCGUGUCCGUGAUGUGGGUGGCCGACAUCCCCCCUCCGGUGCCCGGUUGGGUCGUGGCUCUGGCCGUGCUGGCGGGUCUUCUGCUGCUGGCGCUGCUCAUCUUCGUCAUGUACAAGCUGGGUUUCUUUAAGAGGGUCCGCCCCCCCCAGGAGGACUGCACCGAGAAGGAGCAGCUGCAACCGGAAGAGAACGGGAACACGGACGCCUAGAGGCAAAGAGACAGAGAGACAGAGAGACAAAGAGACAAAGAGACAGAGACAGAGAGACGGAGACAGGGAGACAGAGAGAUAAUGGGACAAAGAUACAGAGAGAUAAUGAGACAAUGGGACAAAGAGACAGGGAGACAAAGAGACAAAGAUACAGAGAGACAGGGAGACAAUGGGACAAAGAUACAGAGAGACAUAGAGACAAUGGGACAAAGAGACAGGGAGACAAAGAUACAGAGACAGGGAGACAAUGGGACAAAGAUACAGAGAGACAAAGAGACAAAGAUACAGAGAGACGGAGACAGAGAGACGGAGACAGAGAGAUAAUGGGACAAAGAUACAGAGAGAUAAUGAGACAAUGGGACAAAGAGACAGGGAGACAAAGAGACAAAGAUACAGAGAGACAGGGAGACAAUGGGACAAAGAUACAGAGAGACAUAGAGACAAAGAUACAGAGAGACAGGGAGACAAUGGGACAAAGAUACAGAGAGACAUAGAGACAAUGGGACAAAGAGACAGGGAGACAAUGGGACAAAGAUACAGGGAGACAAAGAUACAGAGAGACAUAGAGACAAUGGGAC